GCGUGGGCGCCCCACGGGCCGGGCCGCCGCGCGCCGCGUCCCCAGUCCCGUCUCCGCGCUGGCCCGGCCCGGUCCCCAGCUCCACCCCCUGCCUCCUCCUCCCGCCCGCUCGCGCCUCCUGAAAAGCCAGCCCGCCCGGGGCGGCGGCGCAGAGCCGGGCCGGCGCACGAGGCAGCCAGCGCGGCCAUGACUGCGGAGAAGACGCUGCCCCUGGGCAAUGGCAAGGCUGCCGAGGAGGCGCGGGAGUCGGAGGCGCUGGCCGGCGGCGACGCGGCGUCUGCGCGCGACCCGCGGGACAAGGCGGUCCAAGAGCGCGGCCACUGGAACAACAAGGUGGAGUUCGUGCUGAGCGUGGCCGGGGAGAUCAUCGGGCUGGGCAACGUGUGGCGCUUCCCUUACCUGUGCUACAAGAACGGAGGCGGGGCGUUUCUGAUUCCCUACGUGGUGUUCUUUAUCUGCUGUGGCAUCCCCGUGUUCUUCCUGGAGACCGCCCUGGGCCAGUUCACCAGCGAGGGCGGCAUCACGUGCUGGAGGAAAAUCUGCCCUUUAUUUGAAGGCAUCGGCUACGCCACGCAGGUGAUCGAGGCCCAUCUGAACGUGUACUACAUCAUCAUUCUGGCCUGGGCCAUCUUCUACCUGAGCAACUGCUUUACCACUGAGCUCCCCUGGGCCACCUGUGGGCACGAGUGGAACACAGAGCGCUGUGUGGAGUUCCAGAAACUGAACAUGAGCAACCACAGCCACGUGUCCCUGCAGAACGCCACCUCCCCUGUCAUGGAAUUCUGGGAGCGCAGGGUCCUGGCCAUCUCGGAUGGGAUCCAGCACAUCGGGAACCUGCGCUGGGAGCUGGCCUUGUGUCUCCUGGCAGCGUGGACCAUCUGCUACUUCUGUAUCUGGAAGGGGACCAAGUCCACGGGAAAGGUCGUCUAUGUCACCGCCACCUUCCCCUACAUCAUGCUGCUCAUCCUCCUGGUGCGAGGGGUCACGCUGCCGGGGGCCGCUGAAGGCGUCAAGUUCUACCUGUACCCUGACCUCUCACGGCUCUCCGACCCCCAGGUCUGGGUGGAUGCCGGCACGCAGAUCUUCUUCUCCUAUGCCAUCUGCCUGGGCUGUCUGACGGCGCUGGGAAGUUACAACAAUUACAACAACAACUGCUACAGGGACUGCAUCAUGCUCUGCUGUCUGAACAGCGGCACCAGCUUCGUGGCCGGCUUUGCCAUCUUCUCGGUCCUGGGCUUCAUGGCGUUCGAGCAGGGAGUCCCCAUCGCCGAGGUGGCGGAGUCAGGUCCUGGCCUGGCCUUCAUCGCCUACCCCAAGGCUGUCACCAUGAUGCCCCUCUCCCCGCUGUGGGCCGCCUUGUUCUUCAUGAUGCUCAUCUUCCUGGGCCUGGACAGCCAGUUUGUGUGCGUGGAAAGCCUGGUGACCGCUGUGGUAGACAUGUACCCCAAGGUCUUCCGGAGGGGCUACCGGCGUGAGCUGCUCAUCCUGGCGCUGUCGGUCGUCUCCUACUUUCUGGGCCUCGUGAUGUUGACCGAGGGCGGCAUGUACAUCUUCCAGCUCUUCGACUCCUACGCCGCCAGCGGGAUGUGCCUCCUCUUCGUGGCCAUCUUUGAGUGUGUCUGCAUUGGCUGGGUGUACGGAAGCAACCGGUUCUAUGACAACAUCGAAGACAUGAUUGGCUAUCGGCCCGUGUCACUUAUUAAGUGGUGCUGGAAGGUCGUGACUCCUGGGAUCUGCGCGGGCAUCUUCAUCUUCUUCCUGGUCAAGUACAAGCCACUCAAGUACAACAACGUGUACACCUACCCAGCCUGGGGCUACGGCAUCGGCUGGCUCAUGGCCCUGUCCUCCAUGCUCUGUAUCCCACUCUGGGUUGCCGUCAAGAUGUGGCAGACGGAAGGCUCCCUGCCCGAGAAACUGCGGAAGCUGACGGUCCCCAGCCCCGACCUGAAGAUGCGUGGCAAGCUUGGCUCAAGCCCACGGACGGUGACGGUUAAUGACUGUGACGCCAAGCUCAAGAGCGACGGCUCCAUCGGCUCCAUCGCGGCCAUCACAGAGAAGGAGACGCACUUCUGAGCCCUGCCGCCUGGCUGCGCCCCCUUCCUGCUCCUCCCCUGUGCCCACGCGUGUGAGCCCCCGACACGCACGCUCCUAGUGGUAGGGCCUUGCUCCUUUGCACAGGACGUAUUAACAAGGUAGCUUUCAGCUGGCCACUGUACACUGCUUUAAACUCAGACGCCCGUCCCAGCCCGCCGACCCUGGAUGUAUCCGCCCCCCCCCGCGAGAUAAUCCUGUACAGUGACCGGUGGGACCUCACCAUCCCGCCUUUAACCCGCGUUAGGAAGAAGUGUGUGAUGCUGUAAACUGAUGCUCGGGCCGUGAGCAGGUGGCCAGGGAGCAACACCUGUCCCCCUCGGGCACCUUGGAACUGACCUUCCCUCAUCCCGUGUCCUGUGUCCCGUGUCCGUGUUGGCCCCGUGACACCCGCAGCUGCCCCUCCACCACGCCCAGGGACCACUGCCUGUGCAGGCAUGCCUGGCAGAGAAGCGAAAGUCGCGCCAGGCUCAGGGUUGCUGGGCUGCACACACACACACACACACACACACACACACACCACUCCACCCCAACCCACUCAGCGACCUUGGGCACUCCCUUCCCCUCCUGCUGCCUCAGUUUCCCUUCUCCCGUUUUGGGGGAGGGGCCGGCUUGGCUGGCUGGCAGAGCCACCCCGGAUCUUGGCUUCCCCUGCAGGAGGCGACUGUAACUCCGCUGCUUGUUCCGAGCCUCGUGCAGUGUUGAUAGGGUGCUGGCGGUUUCUGUCAGAGACAGCUGGUCCUCACUGUUGGCAGAGCCCCUGCCCCCAGCCGUCUCUGUCCCUGCGGGCUGGCUGGGGUGACUGUGGCCGCUGGUUCCCUGGCCCGGGAGGCGGCCUGGCUCCUGCAGCUGCCCUGCAGGCUCUGAGUCUGGGGGGUCUUCCUCCAGCCUCCCCUGGGGCUGGGGGCCUGUCUUCUCCCCCAGGGCCUCCUCCAGCCCCAGCCCCUUCUUCUCUUGUGUGCUGCCCUCCCCUCUCCCCGCCGGCCUGUCUCUUGAGCCUCUGCUUCCCUGCCCUCUGGAGCCGUUGCGCCUGCCUCUGACAGGGGAUCCUCCCCGCGUAGGUGGGAGGCAGGGGUCCGGGGGAGGGCUGCCGCUGCCCCGCCCCGAGCCUGGCAUGGGCUCUCUCCCCAUUCUUUACUCAUUGGGUUUUGCAUCAACCCUCUGCUUUGGCUUCCGAGCUAUUUAAGGGAGGGGGAGAUGCACCCUUUUUCUUUUUUUACAAGGUCCCUGUUGUGUUGGGUAGAAACGUGAGCCCCAAACCAAGGCUUCCGUUUCAGGCAGGAAACCCAUGCAUUUAACUCACCCUGGAGCUGCCAGACUCCCGCGUCCCUGUCUGGGCCACUUUGCUCCGAGCGACACCUCGUGCCCCUGGGCAAGCCAGGGUGCCCAGUCCGGGCCUUCACACCCAGGCGGUGCAGGCCAGCUCGGGUCCUUGGGGGCUCAUCAACGUCCUCCUCUGGGAACCCAGGGCUGCCGUCCUCAAAGCAGGUGCCGGGGAGGGCGCGUCUCACCGCUGCUGCUACUGGAUCUCCACCUCCAACUCCCUGGCAGACAGGCGGACGCACAGCCCCCACCGCCUGUCCCCGGGGCCGCACACAUUGUGCCCGCGACACUUAACACUUGAUGCACUUAACACUGCUCAUGGGGCGGGUGGAGGGCGGGGCGCUGCGCCCUGGGUUUUUGUAAUUUCCUACUAGGAUUUGGGCAACUUCGGGAGGGGUGGGAAGGGUCACACGGGGGUGGGGGGAACUCGUCAUCAUGAAACUUUUUUGAUAUUCAUUAGAAACAUCUGAGAUAUUUACAGUAUUAUUAAAAAAUGAAAAAGGUUGUACUGUUUUUGCACAAUGAGCGUUUUUAUCAGGGAUCCAAAGGGUGUAACCACUGUCUGCCUACUCGUUUUUUAAAACCAAUGGCGUGAACCGACCCUGCUGUGCCGGCUCCCAGCAGGGCGGGGCUCACCAUGCCUGCUGAACCACCCCGGUUCCAGGCAUGGGGGUGACGGACUCCACCCAGCCCUGCUCCCCUUCCUCCCGCCCUCGCUGUCCGUGGAGUCUGCUACGUGCCCGGCAGAUGCACGCGCUCACCUCUGCCUGCUAUGGAGAACUUCUAAAAGCUUGCAGGCAAUGGAAGUAAAAUGGAAGUUUAUUUUGGUGCAAAACAUUUUUGAAAUUGCUGCCUAUGAGAAGAUCUUGAAAGAGUUUAUAGAACAUGCAUAUCAUUAAAAAAAAAACUAUGCUUGGAUUUCUAUUUUUUUUGCACCAAAAUAAACUGUUUAAGCCCGUUUCUUUGAGGAACUUUAUGAAGGCACUUCAGAUGCGCUAGAGGUUUUGCAAAAGCUAUCUCUGAAGCUGGCCGUGUGACACAGCGGGUUAAGCUGCCAGCUGUGUCGCCAGCAUCCCCAGAGUUCCAAUCCGAAUCCAGGUUGCUCCACUUCUGAUCCAGCGCCCUGCUAACAUGUCUGGGAAAGCAGCGGAUGAGGGCUCAAGUACUUGAACCCCUGCCACCCGCGUGAGAGACCUGGACAGAGAUCCUGGCUCCUGUCUUUAAGCUGGCCCGGCACUGACCACUGGGGGCGUGAACCAGUGGAUGGCAGAUACUUUCUUGUUCUCUUCCUCCCUGCCUCUCCUCUCCUCCACUCCCCUCCAUUGCUCUGGCUUUCAAAUAAAUCUUUUUUUAAAAAAGCGCUCUCUCAGCCAUCACAGCUCUGCCAAGUGUGCACUUGAUGGUGGUUAUUGUUUUUCUUUCUUUGCCUAUUCUGCAGGCACAGAGAAAUCAAGCAAACUGCCCAUGGCCACACAGCUAGAAAACAGCAGGACUAGAAAGAGAACUCAGGUCUGUGCGAUCCUAACGCUCUAUCUCUGAGUCACUCGACCUUAACGUC